AUGGAUGCGAAUAAUAUACCAGCAUAUUCCCUUGGGAAACAGACUCCCCAUCUUCCACCGAUGCUCAAUACUCGGUCCGGCAACGAGCCCUUCGAACGGCCGCAGACUCCCCCCCGAGCUGGCUUCACAAGUCCCGUCAACACCCCGCAAGGCAGCCCCAGCAAAAACAAAGUACCACCAGGCGCUACAGGGCUUAUCAAUGUAUUCGACAAUGCUAUGAGGCUUACUCCGUCUUCGCCAUCCAGGUCAGGUUUUGGCAAAUCGCCACUCUCGCCAGGCAGGGGCCAGGUUGACGAUCUGACUGCGUACAAUGAGGGUGUCGUCCCGACAGAAAAUACUGCGAGACCGGGGAGCCCUACCAGACUUUCGAAUAAGGAAAAUGCCCCAAUCCCGGGGCUGCGAGCUGGAAAGGAACCGAACAACUUGAGCCAUGCUGCCAUGUCGCGUCGAGAGCUGUAUCAGACAGGCGAUCGGAUGGACGCUAGCGCUCGUAAGCCACAAGCUCAACUCCGAGGCCUCACUGCAGAGGAGUUAGAAAAACUGCAGCAACCGAAAGUGAAGCGUCUUGCCAAUGUCACGCAGCUCUAUUUUCUUGAUCACUACUUCAACCUGCUCAGUUACGUUCAAAACCGACAAAUUCGCAGUGCUCAAUUUGCUGCUGCCUACCCACCGCCCCCCGCCACCGAUGAAGCAGAGUAUGAAGUCGCACGCCAUAAAUACCUAGGCCGAGAGAGGGCCAACCUUCGGAAACGGAGAACUCGUCUGCGACACGGCGACUUCCAGAUCCUUACACAGGUCGGCCAGGGCGGCUAUGGACAGGUAUAUCUUGCGCAGAAGAAAGAUACCCGGGAAGUGUGCGCGUUGAAAGUCAUGAGCAAGAAGCUUCUAUUCAAGAUGGACGAGAUUCGACAUAUCUUGACGGAACGCGACAUCCUGACAACUGCAAAGAGUGAAUGGCUGGUGAAGCUCCUUUAUGCUUUCCAGGAUGAUACUCAGAUAUACCUUGCAAUGGAAUAUGUGCCUGGUGGUGAUUUCCGCACUCUACUUAACAACACCGGAGUCCUCCACAACAGACACGCUCGAUUUUAUAUCGCUGAAAUGGUAGCUUGUGUCGAUGCCCUUCAUGUCCUCGGCUACAUUCAUCGGGACCUGAAACCUGAGAACUUCCUCAUUGACUCUACCGGACACGUGAAGUUAACAGACUUUGGGUUGGCAGCUGGAAUGCUCAAUCCUACUAAGAUCGAAUCUAUGCGGUUGAAGCUAGAGGAAGUUGGAAAGACCGCUGUUCCUUUUGGCCGGCCAAUGGACCAAAGAUCUGCUGCGGAAAGGCGUGAAGGCUACCGAUCUCUUCGAAAGCUCGACGUAAACUAUGCAAAAUCAAUCGUAGGAUCACCUGAUUAUAUGGCCCCAGAAGUGCUGAGCGGUGAGGAAUAUGAUUUUACGGUCGAUUACUGGAGUCUGGGAUGCAUGCUCUUUGAAGCUCUGACGGGCUAUCCGCCCUUCGCCGGAGCAACUGUGGAUGAGACGUGGCAGAAUCUCAAGAAUUGGAAGGAUGUGCUGCGUAAACCGCAAUAUGAAGAUCCGAACUAUUUCCUCUCAAGACGCACUUGGGAUUUUAUUACCCGCCUUGUUGCCGCUAAGGAGAAUCGGUUCAAGAAUGUCACUGAAAUACACAACCAUGACUAUUUCGCGGAAGUGAAUUUCAGCACGCUGAGGGAGGAACAGAAGGCUCCGUUUGUUCCCGACCUUGAUUCCGAAACGGACGCUGGAUAUUUUGAUGAUUUUGGAAACGAGGCUGACAUGGCGAAAUACAAGGAGGUGCACGACAAACAAAAGGCACUUGAAGAUAUGGCUGAGCGUGACGAGAAAAUGAAUAAGAGCGUCUUCGUCGGGUUUACUUUCAGACAUCGAAAACCGGUCAUCGAUAACGACGGACGCAGUAGUCCUCGGAAGGGUAUCCCAACCGACGGAUCCUUUGGGACCAUGUUCUAG